AUGGGAAUGAAGGACGAAGAACAAAGGGAACGAAGGACAAGGAGAACGAAGGAGUCGAAGGAAUACAAAGGACGAAGGACACGAAGGACGAAAGAGACUAAAGGACACGAAGGACAGAGGCAGUACACUAAGGACGAAGUACACGAAGGACGCAGUACACUAAGGACGAAGGACACGAAGGGCGAAGGAUACGAAGGACGAAGGACACCAAAGGCGAAGGACAUGAAGGAUGAAAAAUACGAAGGACGAAAGACGAAGGACGAAAGACGAAGGACACGAAGGACGAAAAAGUCCAAAAACACAAAGGACGAAGAACAGGGCGAAGGGGAUGAAGAACGAGGAACGAAGGGGACGUAG